UUCACACACACAUUCCGUUAGUCACUGAAAAGAAAAGACGGGAUUCUAAUUGGCAUUGUGAUACCGAUUUUCCACCUUUGGAAAAUCCUUAAACAAAAUAAGAACUUAUAUACACAAUUUACUACAGUAAAGUCUUCGCCUAUACUUCUCAAUAAAAGAAAAUUGUGAAAGCAAGAAGGGUAUUCCUUCUAAACACUGCUAAAGGGGCGUUGAAAAAACUGUGAAGACUCCAGGUGGAAGUACAAGUUUGUGUGGUGGUGUGAAGUGAAAAGGCUCCGCCGUGAUGUCACUGCUUCUAAUUUUUCGUUAAUUGGAUUGCUUGUUCAGUGCCUCUUUAAAACUAGCCUUCUAUUAUAAUACUUUGGAUACUAUUGGAACUGCUUGAUCUACUAGCGCGCACACAACGCUACACAUUCAGCAGCGUCUUUUCUUUAAUUGAGCUUAGUGGAUGUGUAUUGCAGCAAUUUAAUUCAAUUUAAUAAAUAACUACAAUUUAUUAAUUACGUUGCAAAUUGAAGUGAAGCCGAUGUGUUUGGCAAAAUCGAAUAUCCAUUCCCCCCAGUUAUUUGCAAAACGGCAGUAGCCAGUUAAGAAAGAGGCCAUAUAUCAGGCACAAAACGGAAAAUUAGAAAAUAAAGCAUGUUACCUAAGAAAGAGUUAUGCUAAGUGAUAACGACAACAAUGGAAGUGGAGCGAAUGCCGAAGUUGAAAAAUUAGAAAAAACGUCCAUCACAAAAGCAGCGUAUUAGAGCAAAGUGAAAAUUUGGCACUGUGGCUUAAGCGGCCAAAGCGGAUUAGCAACACAAAACGCUUAACAAAAGCGACUCAUUUACAUACACGUCCCUCUUAACGCAACGAUUGGAACGCUAUACAGGCGAUCAAGUCACGAAUCCGCCCACAACAACCUGCCACGCCCACUAUUCAAACACAGUAGCCGCCGUAAAACAUAUUGUAAACACUAGUUCGGCCUCCGUCCACUGCAUAUGAUACAAAUCGAAAGCGAGAAAUUAAGAAAGUAAUCGUCCCACCGUUGCGGCGUACACACAUUUCUUGAGCGACAUCCCCCAUUUCGUCCCAAUACAUCAGCCAUUUGACAUUUAAUCCCCCAAGAUCCCCUCCAAAAAUAAACCACCCGUCCAUUACAAAACCACAGCACACAAACAUAAAACGGCUGCAGUAUGUCGGAAUUGGAUAAUGCCGUCACGGUCGGCAAAACUAACGAGGAAUUGCGUAUGGAAGUAGAGCGGCUAACUCGAGAAUUAGAUCAGGCGGCCAGUGAGCGAGCACAGUCAGCGCAGUAUGGUCUUUCGUUACUGGAAGAGAAAUCGGCGCUCGAACAAAAAUGUGAAGAACUGGAAACAUUGUACGACCACGCCAAACACGAUUUAGAUAUAACACAAGAGGCACUUGCAAAAUUUCAAACUUCACAGAAGGUCACCACAAAAACAGGCAUCGAACAGGAGGAGUCACUGCUCAGCGAAACCGCAGAGCUCGAAACCAGUUUGAACAGUAAAAUAUUAGACUUGGAAAAUGAGACGAAACAGCUGCGUCACGAAUUGGAGCGAGUGCGAAACGAACGCGAUCGUAUGCUGCAAGAGAAUGCCGACAUUGGGCGCGACAAGUCGGAUAACGAGGCCGAGAAGUUGCGACUCAAGGCCGAGUUAAAGGACCUAAAGUUUCGCGAGACACGCAUGCUAACGGAAUACACAGAGCUGGAAGAAGAAAACAUAUCGCUGCAAAAACAGGUGUCAAGCUUGAGGAGUUCGCAGGUGGAAUUUGAAGGUGCCAAACACGAGAUACGUCGCCUCACCGAGGAGGUGGAACUUUUAAACUCACAAGUCGAUGAAUUGGCUAAUCUAAAAAAGAUAGCUGAAAAACAAAUGGAAGAAGCCUUGGAGGCUUUGCAGUGCGAACGUGAGGCAAAGUAUGCUCUCAAGAAAGAAUUGGAUAGCCAUUUGAAUCGUGAGUCCAUGUACAAGAUAAGCAAUCUAGCAUAUCUGCGCAGCAAUAUGGACGACAAUAUCAGCGCAAAUAGCGAUGGUGAAGAGGAAAAUUUGGCUUUGAAACGACUUGAAGCCGAUUUGACCACAGAGUUGAAUGCAACUGAUGGCACAAAAUGUGAUUUAUUCUCUGAAGUGCAUCUAAAUGAGCUGAAGAAAUUGGAAAAACAAUUGGAGUCCAUUGAAAACGAGAAAAUUCUACUCACAGCGAAUUUACUAGAGGCACAAACCAGUUUGGAUAAAUCACAAAAUGAAAUACAAAAUUUCAUGGCUCGUCUGGCGCUCCUCACCGCACAUGUGGAUGCUCUACUACAGCUGAAGAAACAGCUGGAUAUCAAAGACGUUUCCAUAGAAGCGGUGAAGCGGCGCAACGACGAGCAAAAUGUACGACAACAACUGUUGGAUAUACUAUCCCAGUAUAACAGUUGGUUCACACUCUCUUCGAAGGAGAUUGACGGUCUCAAGACUGAUUUGGUUGAGCUACAGAAGGGUUUCAACUACACCGACGCAAUGACCACUCUCCGCAAUGAAGUCACAAAUUUGAAAAAUAAAUUGCUCGCAACUGAGCAAAAAUCAAUUGAUCUACAAAGUGAUGUGCAGACACUCACAAGUAUUUCACAAAAUGCCGGACAAAGUUUGGGUUCGGCUCGCUCCACUCUGGUGGCCUUAAGCGAUGAUUUGGCGCAGCUGUAUCAUCUCGUUUGCACCGUCAACGGCGAGAUACCAACACGUAUAAUGCUCGAUCCCAAGAGCGAUGACAUGAGUUUUGAAAACGAUUCGCUUACUGCCAUACAGUCACAAUUCAAAUCCGAUAUUUUCGCUUCCCGCUCCCACACAAUUGAAGAUUUGCAAGGGCUUGCAGAUUCUGUGGAAAUUAAAAAGUAUGUAGACACAGUAAGUGAUCAAAUUAAACAUUUGAAAACCGCUGUCGAGCACACCAUUGAGCACAACAAAAACAAAGUGCGCGGAGAUGUUUCCGAAGCUGACAAAUAUAACCGCGAAGAGGUCGAAGAGUUGCAAGAACAAAUUGUACGUCUCAAAGGCCUGUUAUCACUCAAACGUGACCAAAUCGCUACAUUGCGUACUGUAUUGAAAUCAAAUAAGCAGACCGCCGAAGUGGCACUCACAAAUCUCAAAUCGAAAUAUGAGAAUGAGAAGACAGUGGUCAGCGAAACAAUGGCCAAGUUGCGCAAUGAACUGAAGAUACUUAAAGAAGAUGCGGCAACAUUCUCAAGCUUACGCGCCAUGUUUGCUGCGCGCUGCGAGGAAUACGUUACACAGGUAGAUGACCUGAAUCGCAAAUUAGAAGCCGCUGAGGAGGAAAAGAAAACAUUGAAUCAGCUACUUCGUUUGGCCGUCCAACAGAAAAUUGAAUUGACUCAACGCAUGGAGGAAAUGGAAAUCGAUCGCGAAACGCGCUUUGCACGUCGGUCGAUGCCACCACAACUCGGCAGCAGCGGCAAAUCGUUUUCGUCACGGCCCUCAACACGUAACCCGACUGGCAGCAAUCAGAAUCAAUUCUAACAUAAAAUAAGCGUGCAGCGUAAACUUUUAGCCUUAGUUUAUACAUUGCUUAAGUUAUAAAGUCAUUUUUAUGUAAACUGUAACACUGUCACGUGUCACUUCAAAAGGUACAUAUUUGUAUUUUCUAACACACUUUGGUUAUAUUCACCUCAUCAAUAUAUUAUUUGUAUACUAUUCAAUAAAUUUCAGCGAAAAGAUAUUGGUACGAUGGUUGAACAAUUGUAAGCAUCAAAAGAACAACGGACAGCAAUUCUUUCGCCGAAAGCAGCUGUAAUCAUCGUACGAAAAACAUUUACUUCCGCUCGUAAACUAAAGACACUGCACACAAACGCAUAAAAGUGACUGUAGUCAAUAUAACUUGAUUUUAUUAUUCAUUAAUAAUUCUAAUAUUUAUGUUCUAAGGACCAUAUUUAUGAAUAAUAUCAACAUUAAGUUAGAUAUACAUAAGUGAAAACUGACGGAUGUUGUGGAAGCUUAAAAUAAGUGAAUAAUCGUGCAGAAUGAUGCCAACUUUACUCCCUCGGAGGGGAUAAAGUACGCCCAAAGCAAACCAAGGCAGCCGUCAGGUUUAACUUAUACUUACCUAAAAUAUACUGAGUAUUAAAUUAUUUGUUUUGCACACAGCUACCUAUGUUUGUCUACCUUAGGUUUAGUUUGGAACAAAUGAGCAUAAUUGGGGAAAUUAAAUGAGUGCGUCAAAUUGGAAUGAUUGAGUCCCAGCACAGUAGUGGCGUUGAGUCGAUAUUAUUUUCUCUAAUAGUAAUUAGAUGAGAUUUUCAGCGACCUUUAAAUUCCUUGAAAUUUUCAAACUAAGUUUAACCCUGCAAGAUUGAACGUUUGAAUCAAGGUAAACUGAAAUACUGAGCAUCUUCUCUGUAUUGCGAUUUGAAACUCAAUGCGAUUCGAAAGCAGACACAGACUAAUACAAAUUCAUAGUGCCGAGUACUCGAAUCCGAAUGAUUUGCUUUUAGAAUGGCUAUACAAAGCAUACGCCCUGGAUAUUUAAAAUACUACACAAAAUUGUUUAGCACCUACAUACAUAUGUAUUGUAUACUCCGUCAAUUGCAUUCAAAUGAAAACCAAAAAAAUAAAUGAUCUACUUAUUUAAAACAUAUUGAACAAUCUUAAAGAUUUUAACAAUCACUGCUGCAAAAAUGUUCAAACCGCACAUAAGAAAAGAUAACUACAAAAAUAAAUCUCAAUAUCCAUGCUCAUUUGCUCCAAAAAAUACAUACUACAUAAUAAACAUACAAUUCAAACAAGAAUCAAGAGAAAGGCCACUUUUGAAGUGCACUUUAUAUUUUUAGAAUAAAAAUUAAUCUGUUUGCGACAACAGCUGUACGCUCGAGAACGCACGAAUGCAUCUCAACUUUUUAUAUUUUCAAAAUUUAAUUAAUGCACAAUGAAAUUAGCAAAAUACAAAAUAUCUUGAGUUAGAAACAUUAAAUGCACCAUAAGUAGUUGAGUAUAAAGCGAUAACUUACAUUUUUCUAUGACUAAGUGGCAGCUAUAGAAUUUAAUUAUUGCUUUCUAAGAAUUUGAAUUGAUUGCGAUUUUCUUUCUAAUUUAUAAAUAUUCAAGUGGCAUUCAGUUAAUACUUUGUAAGCUGUGAAGCGCACUGCAACAGUUGAAUAUGUUGAUCACCGCAUAAAGGUGCUUAAAUUACCAAUUUUAACUAAGCCUGCAUACAUAAAUGCACAUACUUAUACUCGUACAUAUAGUUAGCCAAAAACCACACAUCACAACAGCGAGCUAGAACGCUUGGAAAUUUGUAGCAGUAUUGCACAACGUCCUCUGCAGACACGCGCACACGCUUGGCUUGGCGCAAGUGCAGCUGUAUUCCUAGUUAAAAGUAAUAAUAAUAUUAAUAAUUUAAAUAAGUAAUUUAUAUAUAUAACUAUGCUAAAGAUAUUAUUUAAUAAUACUUGCAAAAAUAAAACCUUUAUUGUAGGCAAUAUGUUGUAUAAAUAAUCAAAUUAAAGUAGGUACAAAAAAAAUACUAAAAAACCAAAUAAAAACCUACAAAAAACUAAUUAGUACACAAAUACUUACAUACAUACUGCAUAGGAAAUAACGUCCAUAGAAGCAGGAAGCUCGUUAUUAAUAUAGUUUUUUUUUUUUUUUGGUGUUGCUAAGAUCCUAUGUUUUAUAGAAAGUGUGGUCAGUGGACGUAAAGAAUGCUAUCACAUUUACCGGAACGACCCAGAUUUAUAUCUGGCCAAGAGUCCCGUCACUUCAGCAACAUUCCCAAACACUAUGGGAAAUUUUUCUGCUGUAACAACAACAAUGCUUAUUAAAUAUUUUCAGCGCAUGUAGGAUAAAUAUAUGAAAGAAAUAUCAAAUGAAACAAAGGAUCUAUUUAGCUUCUAAAUGUGCGAAUUUAAAUUUUUGUGGUUACGUAACCGAAAGUAGUUCGCUAAGCAGCUUCUUUACUUAACAUUUUAAUUGGUCUCACCCUUGCUAGUGGCUGGUGGGAAUUAACUACUGGAAUUUAAUAUUUAUGUUUGUGAAAUAUUCCUCCACUUCCUUUUUACUCUUGAUUAUAAAAUACCAAAAUUCCAUCUAAAAUUCAACGUUCAAUCUUGCAGGGUUAAACAUAGUCAAGGAAUGGUCCAUAAGCUUCUUUAAGGCGAACUUGAUCACAAAAUCUCUGAGAAUUAGUUGGGCUGUGUCGUCUUGAGGUAUUUAAGCGCUGCGAACAUAAGAUGUUUUGUGAACAGAUUGGUAGCAGGAAUGAAUAUUGUUUUAAUAAUCGGGGAAAAAUUAGUUUCCUGAUGAUUCAGGUCACACUUUAUAUAGAACAGUUGGAUCUCAAAGUAUUUAUUUAUGUGAUUGGCGGAGGUAAAAGAUUUUUACAUUAGUUCACUUCGUGUGCAUCGUCCAAAAUUAAAACAUCUAUGAAACGCCUAAAAGUAUGCAACACAUUUUACUUCACAGAAACAACAGUAAUGGCUAUUCUAUCAUUAUCAAACGUUAAAUUUGUUUACUUAAUUGAAUGUUAAAAACCAAGUUAUAUUAACAAUCUAAUUAGUUCAAAGAUUCUAUAAAAACCAUAAAAAAUAUAUGUCAAGUCACCUGAACACUUUUUGUACACAUACCGAGCCAUUCAAUGGAAUUACGUUGAAGUAAAACUCUUAACAUUAACUAACGAAUAUUAUAGAUACUCAUCUACAUUUGUUCUAAGCUAUUUAUAUUACAUACAUGCAUACAUACAAUACAUAUACUCUAUACAUACUUAUACGUCUUUUACAAACUAUGUACGUAUAUACUUAAAUAUAUAUGUAGUACUUAUGUACAAUAUAAAGAAUUAGAAACUACUUAUAAACCUUGAACAUUUUUUGUUAAAAAAGUUGAUGUUUUGUAAGUAAAACUUUGUUGGAGAAGUUCCAAAAGUCAAUGAAACAGGUUUUUCGAAAACGCCCGUUUGAAUAUUUUUUUUAAUUAAAUGUAAUUGAAUACCUUCAUAAUUCAAGUUUUCUUGUUAACUUUAUAGAGAACUCAACAAAAAAUCCAGUGGUAAAUGAAAUUAAAAAUCAUAACUAUGUAUCUAAAUUUGGGAAAAUGCGAGUAAUCAAGUUGAAAAUUAAAACAGUAAAAUGAUUUUAUUGUAAUAAAUAUAAGUAAAUUUUACCGUCCCUUUUUGAAUUAAAUACCGAGUUUAUUUUAAGUCCAAAACUCAGUGAAAAAUAUUUGUUGCAAAAACGAAAAGUUGAUGUGAUAUGCUAUGUAUCGAAACAUAAAAACAGGACAUGCAGCCAGCAACAGAGCAAAAUAAAGAAGUCAUGUUGGGAAAUUUUGGGGGAAAACAUAAAAGUAUUCUUCAUUCAAACUAUCUAAACUAAUACAAGUAAAAACAAGUAAUAUGACGUAACCCUAAACUUUAUUGAAGAUAAAUAUUAAAAUAAAAAUAUUUUCAUACUUGCAUUCACUGGCAUAAAUAUGUAUGUAUGUAUACAU